AUGAAAUAUUCUAGAGAGUCGUCUGAGGCGGUAUUAUGUGGUAUGGGUGAGGAUAUCGAUCUGGACCUUUCCGAUGACAAUGGUGACUUGAACGAGCUAGGAGCUUCUUUUCCACCCCUAGAGAGCCCACCGGUUCAUUUUGCCACUGAAAAUAACACCAUUGUGACGUCACAAACGGGCUCGACUGCCCUGGUUCCCUGCGUCAUCAACAAUAUUGGAGAUGGAAUGGUCUCCUGGAUUCGUCGGAAAGAUUAUCACCUCCUAACAGUUGGCCUCACGACCUACAGCAGUGACGACAGAUUUCAAGCCAUACACUUGCAACACUCUGAGGACUGGACGUUACAAAUCAAGUUUGUGCAGCAGCGAGAUGCUGGACUCUACGAGUGUCAAGUUUCUUCACAUCCGCCCACUAGUAUCUUCAUUCAGCUCAACGUAGUCGAGGCUCGUGCUGAAAUUCAAGGCCCUUCAGAGAAGUAUCUCAAACCAGGAUCGGGACUCCGCUUACAAUGUAAUGUUUUACAGAGCACAGAGGCCCCUUCUUAUAUCUUCUGGUACCACAACAAUCGUAUGAUCAACUAUGACGUAGAUCGAGGGAUCAACGUUACCACCGACCUCACAGAGAAGACGAGCACAUUGACGAUUACGAAUGCAGCAACCCGCCAUUCGGGAAACUAUUCAUGCGUACCAAGCAACGCACAGCCUGCUAGUACAUACGUACAUAUUCUCAACGGAGAAAAUCCUGCAGCAAUGCAGCAUGGUGGAAGAGGGCUAUCUUGGCUGCAGUGUAGUCCGUCGUCCUGGCUAUUGAUCUUCUCUGUUCUGAUAAUUUGGUGCUAGUCACUGCCGAAUUGGACUAUACAUUCAUCAG